AUGACAAAGGAUAAUAAAACAAAUAAUCAUCAUCAUUUACAUCCAAAUAUAAUUCAUGAUCCUUCAUCAGAAACUUCAGGUAUAAUAGCAUCAGAAUUAGCAGCUGAAGAUGGUACUUUAAUUUCUCAAGAUUCUUUUAAAUCUCAUACUUAUGGAUCAAUAGAAUCUGAAACACCUACAACAACAGAAAAUUAUGAAAUUGAUGAUCCAAAUGGUGGUUAUGCAUUACCAAAAGCUCAAUUAUAUACUGUUGUUUCUUCAUUAUUUAUGGCUUCAUAUUUAUCUGCAUUAGAUGCUACUGUUGUUACUACAUUAUUAACAUUAAUUGCAAGUGAUUUAAAAGAAAUUAAAAACAUUUCAUGGAUUGCUACUUCUUAUUUAUUAAGUAGUUCUGCUUUUCAACCUAUAUUUGGAAAAUUAUCAGAUAUUUUUGGUAGAAAAUUUAUAUUAAUGGGUUGUACUUUUUUAUUUGGUAUUGGUUGUUUUAUAUGUGUUACUGAUUCCUUAGUAUGGUUAGUUAUUGGAAGAUUUAUUACUGGUUGGGGUGGAUCAGGAUUAACUUCUGUGGGGACAAUGACAAUGUCUGAUUUAAUUCCGCUUAGAGAUAGAGGCUUAUACCAAGGAUUAGCUAAUAUUUGUUUUGGGUUAGGAUCAGCAUCUGGUGGAUUUAUAGGUGGAAUUAUUGCUGAUACAUUAGGUUGGAAAUAUGUAUUUAUAUUACAAAUUCCAUUGGCUAUUAUUGUUGGAGUUGUUAUUCAAUUUAAUUUAAAUUUACCUGAAGGUUCACCAGGUUUGGGGGCACAUGGACAAGAUAUUUGGCAAAAAUUGAAAAGAGUUGAUUUUUUGGGUAGUUUUUGUUUAAUUAGUGCAUUAAUGAUUAUUUUAACUGCUGCUUCAUUAGGUGGAAGAGAUAUAGCAUAUACUUCUAAAUUAUUUUUAUUUUUAUGUGGAUUAAGUGCUAUAUUUUUGGGUGGGUUUAUCUAUGUGGAAGCUUACAUUAGUGAGGAACCUAUUAUUCCUAUUCAUUUAUUGGGUAAUAGAACGGUAUUAGCUUCAUCAUUAACUAAUUGGUUUUAUACUAUGGGUAUUUUUGCUACUAUGUUUUAUGUUCCUGUUUAUUAUACAUCGGUUUUGGAUAUGUCAGCAAGUGAAAAUGGAUUAAGAUUAGUACCUAAUUUAUUCAGUAUAUCUAUGGGAUCAGUUGGAGCUGGACUUUAUAUGAAACAUACUGGAAAAUAUUAUAAAUUAACCGUAUUUGCUGGAAUAUUAGCUAUAUUAGGAGUUUAUAAAAUCACAACAAUAACUCCCGAUAUUCCAACAUGGCAACAAUUUUUAUUAUUGAUUCCUUCAGGUUUAGGUUAUUCAUGUAUUUUAACAAUUACAUUAUUAGCAUUAAUCGCAGCAACUCCUUUCAAAUAUCAAGCAUGUACUACUUCCAUACAAUAUACUUUUAGAUCAACUGGUUCGACUUUAGGUGUAUCUGCUGCGUCUGCAAUUUUUCAAAAUAUUUUAGCUCAACAAUUAACUAAAAAGAUAUAUGCUAUUGUAAAAGAUCCAAAACAAGCACAAGAUAUUAUAAAUGAAGCUUUGGAAAGUACGAAUUUUAUUAAUACUGUUCCAAAAGCUGUACAAAAAGCAAUUAGAUCAUCUUAUGAAAGUGGUUGUAGAGGUGCUUUUUAUUUUGCUUUUGCUACUGUUACCUUGGGAGUUGUUAGUUCUUUAUUUAUGAGAGAACAUAAAUUACAUUCAAAUCUUAAUAGAGAUUAA